ACAGACACACACACACACACACACAUGACCCGGGUCACGUGACGGGCAGCCUUGAUACUACCUCCUGGUUCAGAGACAGACUGGCUACACGGAGCGAGGCUAGCUGUUAGCUUCAACUAGUCUAGACGGCCGAGAUGAGUUUCCUAGGAGGUUUGUUUGGGCCGGUAUGUGAGAUAGAUGUACUGCUGAACGAUGCAGAGAACAGAAAGACAGCCGAGUUGAAGACAGAAGAUGGGAAAGUGGAAAAACACUACCUGUUCUACGAUGGAGAGUCUGUGUCUGGCAAGGUGAAUCUAAAUGUGAAGCAGGGAGGAAAGCGGCUGGAGCAUCAGGGCAUCCGCAUCGAGUUUGUCGGGCAGAUAGAGCUGUUCUCUGAUAAGAGCAACACCCAUGAGUUUGUGGACUUGGUGAAAGAGUUGGCUCUGCCCGGAGAACUCACCCAGAACAGGAGCUACGACUUUGAGUUCAUGCAGGUGGAGAAGCCCUAUGAGUCCUAUACCGGAGCGAAUGUCAGGCUAAGGUAUUUCCUCAGGGUGACAAUAGUUCGUCGUCUGUCUGACUUAGUGAAGGAGUACGAGCUGAUUGUUCACCAGUUAGCCACCUACCCAGAUGUCAACAACUCGAUUAAGAUGGAGGUCGGCAUCGAAGACUGUCUGCACAUUGAGUUUGAAUACAAUAAAUCCAAAUACCACCUCAAGGACGUCAUUGUUGGGAAGAUCUACUUCCUGCUGGUCAGGAUCAAGAUCCAACACAUGGAGCUGCAGCUCAUCAAGAAGGAGAUAACAGGCAUAGGUCCCAGUACUACCACAGAGACAGAAACGGUUGCAAAGUAUGAGAUCAUGGAUGGAGCUCCAGUUAAAGGAGAAUCAAUCCCUAUCAGACUGUUCCUCGCAGGAUAUGACUUGACACCCACCAUGAGAGAUGUCAACAAGAAGUUCUCUGUACGCUACUUCCUUAAUCUGGUGCUGGUGGAUGAAGAGGACAGAAGAUACUUUAAACAACAGGAGAUUGUUUUGUGGAGAAAAGCUCCAGAGAAACUGAGGAAAAGAAACUUCCAUCAGCGCUAUGAGUCACCUGAGCCCCGAACCCAGCCGGUUAACGCAGAGCAGCCAGAGAUGUGAGGGUGCUGCUAUGAACUGAAAAUACACACAGAUACACCCCAACUCUUCACUGCUGAACAGCCAGAGGUGUGAGGGCUGCCCCACUGUCUCCCUGGACUGAGAAAUGUCUGUAUACAUGAAUACACAUAACAUACCUUCAGGCACCUCCCACCCUCUCUCCCUCUCUCUCUCUGUCACCACUUCACAGCUUCAGAUGCGAGCUGUCCAACACACUCGUAUACAGGCGCACAAGCAUACAAUCCAAGUAGGCUGAAUGCUAAAUGUUACCAGAAGUGUGCAAAUCAAACCGACCCAAGUAAGGAACAGUGAGGUCGCCUAUUUGAUCUUGGCGUCACAGACUGAAAACACACACACAUGCACACACAAGUGAAGCCAUAAAGUCUCAGUUUGCUGAAUGCAUAAUAAAACAGGAGCAACGAUGGGGGGGGAAAAAGGAGCUGGCUACAGACCACCACACCAUUUAUUCCCUUCUUCUGCAACAGGAGCUUCUUCUUUGUUUGCGUAUGUGGACAGCUUUAAUCCUGGACUGUCUCUGGCAUCCUCCCUCCUACGCCCUCCUCAAAAUAACACUCUCUCUAGACUCCAGCCAGUGAUUGAAAGUAUUCAAAGCAUGUAAGGAUCAGCCUGAUCGGAGGACCCGAUGGGCUGUGCUACAAAAAUACCUGAGUUUAAGCUAUCAUGAUAUCGCUGUCCAUCAAACUUUCAGAGCUGCUUUUAGACAUUACCUUUAUUAUUAAUUAAUCUGUGGCUUCUCAAUUAAUGAAUCACUUAGUCUAUGAAAUGUCUGAAACAAACUGUCUUGUUUUGUCUGACUGAGCAGUCUAAAACAACCAAAUAUUCAAUUUGCAGAUACAUAAUGAAGAGAAACAAAGCUCACGUUGGAGAAACUCGAACCUUCUUAAAAUGACUGAAACGGUUAAUCAAUCAUCAAAAUAACUGACGAUUAGUUUGUGUGUAUUGACUAAUCAACUCAUCGGCUAAUGGUUUAAAAGAAUAAAAACAUUCAGCAUCUCUGUUAAAGAUCCCUGGGUUCAAAUACAACAUUUCAGUCUUGAAUAUUAGAUGCGGUUUUCACUGACGGGGUCUGUCAGGUCAAACAGGAUUGCCUCCAAAUGUAUCUAAAGAUUCCCUCUGUGUCUCAAGAUGUUUCUCUGACACGAGACGUUUUGUUCGAUCUGCAAAGUGUCGUUUAUUUAUGACUAUUCUCUUUAUGGAAAAUCUUUGUUGUUUGUCUUUCAGAGUCGCUUCACCCAAAUUUGCAAAAUAAAAAUAUGUAUAUAUUCCAAACCAGAUAUGUGGAUUUCCAUGAGCAUGACAGAUGGAAUUCCAUUGACCAUUUCGGCAGAGAUACGUUUAGAAACUUUGACAUUAAUUUGAGAAUGAGUAUUAAAUAUGUUUAUGUGUGAUUUGGGUGAACUGAACCUUUCCGUUCACGGCUGGUGUCAGCUGACUAUCACUUUGGUUGAUGUAAGAAAAAGAUUUUCUUUUGAUUUCUAAAAUUCAAAGCUUAGAAACGUUGAAAGUUGAGCAAACUGAACGUUCUGCCAUCACUACACAAGUAGCAGUUUCUGUUUACAUUUUAGACGAUUCAAUAGAAAAAUGAAAUGAUGCUCGCCAUGACCAUCAGACUGUAGAUUCACCGUUCAUGUCAGUUUCUCUCUUUUUUUUUCUUUUUUUUUUCAGAGCGAGCAGUGUUUUCUGAGCCUGUCUGUUUGCUAUCAGUAGAGUACUCAUGUUAAUAAAUGGCUCAUGUCUGAUAUUUUAAGCACUGGAAGGGAUGCAGUAUCACUGUAAAAUCCAACAAUAUUCCACUGUGACGCUCAGACCGGCUGUUUAGGUCUUGCUUUAAAGAGAAACACACACACACACACACAUACAGUUUGGUGAUGGUACCGGUCUUGUGUGUAGGUUCCCUUAAACUCUGAUCUGUGGCCAGUUUUGCACUUUCCCCUCCGAUGCUUAACUUUUUUUUCCGAAAGGUGGCAUGGAAACUAAAACUAAACAUCACUCAAGGACCACUUCACCUCAGAGAUCUCCUGUAUCUGUAAUGGAAAAUGAUACUGUCCUUUAUAUAUCACUACUUCUUUUAAUUGGACUUAAGUACAAUAUUUUGUUGCUUUAUGUCACUUUCAUGUGCAAGUCAUGCUGUUACAUGUUUCAUUUUAUAAACCUCUGAACACAUCUACAGUUCAGACGUAUGUGUGUUUAUUCACAUGAGUGAGUUUUGACAGUCUGCUCUUCUUUUGUUUGCGAACUGUGUAAUUUAUUUGCAAGUAAUUGUUUCUUUGUUUUUGCCUAUGGGACAUAUUUUCUGUCUUUCUGAAUACUGUACAGGUAGGGUUUGUUUGGUGUACCUUUUUAAAUACCUUCAAAGGUAAUGAAGAGACACUUAAAUGCCAAAACUCUCUGCCCCCGUCUCAUCUUCUGCAUGUUAAUCUUUACACAAUGUCUAAUCAUGCCAUCGACUUGUGUGUGUGUGUGUGUGUGUAUGAUAAUAUGUGUAUAUACACCAAACCCAAAUAUAUAGCUAAAAUGAAUCGUGAAUAAAGCAAAUUUAUACUGAA